AUGAGUGUCCAACGUUCACCUACAACCAAAUCUAGUGACAAAAUGAAUAUUAUUAGUGGGAAUAGUAGUUACCAGCCUGCCCUGUCAAUCAUUGCAUCAGCUGAGCACGAAUAUAAAAAUGUGUCACAACGCAAAAGAAAACUGUCUGAGGAUGAUUUCUCGGUCCAAUUCAAUGAAUUUAAAAAGGAAAUUAUAGGAAUGUUAAAGGAGUUUGGUAAAUCCCAGACAGAAAACAUCAAUUCUAUAAAAACAGAUAUCAAAUCUAUCAAUGAACAACUUACUGAUAUGAAAACUAAAACAGACUUGCUACUCAUAGAACAUAAUACCUUCAAGUCGGAAAUACAAAAACUAACAAAUACUGUCACUUAUAACAAGAAAAAAUAA